GCAGCAGCAGCAGCAGUCGUCCCUCCCUCUCUCUCAGCGUGAUCGUCGCUGCCACUGCAGCCCUUUACCGGCCUUCUCCUGCUGAAAGCAUGGCGGCGGUGCUCACACGGGAAUGUGAGACGGAGGGCUGUAGCAAAGAAGCCAAACUGCAGUGUCCAACCUGUAUUAAACUCGGGAUACAAGGCUCAUAUUUCUGCUCUCAGGAUUGUUUCAAAGGCAGCUGGAGUACCCACAAACUCCUCCACAAGAAAGCAAAGGAAGACAAAACAAAGGAUGAGGGAAAGAACUGUGUGGAGAAGGAAGUCAACACAGACCCAUGGCCGGGGUACAGAUACUCUGGCAAACUGCGACCUCACUACCCUCUGACACCCAUGCGACUUGUUCCUGGAAACAUUCAAAGACCAGACUAUGCUGACCACCCCCUGGCAGCAGAGGUUGGCUUGUUGGCAGGGAUGUCUGAGACGGAGCAGAUGCUCAAAGGAACGUCCCAGAUUAAGAUCCUCAAUGCUGAAGAAAUCGAGGGCAUGAGAGUCGUCUGCAGACUGGCUCGAGAGGUGCUCGACAUUGCUGCCAUGAUGGUGAAACCUGGAGUGACAACAGAGGAGAUUGAUCAUGCUGUACAUCUGGCCUGCACUGCACGUAACUGCUAUCCAUCACCCCUCAACUACUACAACUUUCCCAAGUCCUGCUGUACUUCAGUCAAUGAGGUCAUCUGCCAUGGCAUACCAGAUCGCCGUGCCCUACAAGAGGGUGACAUCCUUAACGUGGACAUUACUGUUUACCACAAUGGAUACCAUGGAGAUCUGAACGAGACGUUUUUUGUGGGUGAAGUGGACGAGGGCGCCAAGAGGCUGGUGCAGACUACGUAUGAAUGCUUAAUGCAAGCUAUUGACGCUGUAAAGCCAGGUGUCCGUUAUCGGGAACUGGGGAACAUCAUCCAGAAACAUGCACAGGCUAAUGGAUUCUCUGUGGUUCGGAGUUACUGUGGCCAUGGCAUUCAUAAACUCUUUCACACCGCACCCAAUGUACCGCAUUACGCAAAGAAUAAAGCUGUGGGGGUGAUUAAGCCUGGUCAUGUCUUCACUAUUGAACCCAUGAUCUGUGAAGGUGGCUGGCAGGACGAUACAUGGCCGGACGGUUGGACAGCAGUUACUCGAGAUGGCAAACGCUCUGCCCAGUUUGAACACACACUCCUGGUGACCGAAACAGGUUGUGACAUCCUCACACGUCGCCUUGAUGAUGAUGGCCGCGCUCACUUCCUGACACAGAUGUAGAGUGGUGGGGAGAGAACACGGGCCCUUCCCCCAGUGGAGGACACGUCCGCUCCGCCCCUAUCACCGAUCAGCCAGUUACACUGUGGUUCUCUGUUGGGCAGGAGAUGAUUGGCCGAGUGGCCGUAGUAAUGGAGUGUCUUAUUGGGCGAGAAGUGGAGAUUUGUUUAUUUAUGAAUGUGUCAUCUGAACAGUCACAUGACUCAGCUUGGAUCUGAUCAGACUGGUAGACACCGACCUUUGACCUGCUUUGCAGUGCUGCCACUCUUGUUGGUGCACACUGUGUGUGUGUGUGUGUGUUUGCAUGUAGUAUUCCUGUUUGGUUUGUUGUGUGUUGUGCUGGUUGAGUGGGGCUUGUGUGUCUUCAGGACAGUGAUGUCUGUGUGUGUGUGCGUGUCUGAGAAUGGAUGCUGAGUGAGUGAGGAUGUCAAUCCAGAUGAAACCAAACAACUGAAAUAUUUCCGCAGUUCCUUUUCCUUUACGGUUUAUCCUGAGCAUAAUCGUUGGCCGCAGCCUCCUGUUUACAAAAGAGUGCCUCUACAGAUUAUUAUAAUAUUAAGAAAAACAAUAUAUUGAUGAAAUUCUGCCAGCGUGCAUCAGACCCUUUCUCUGAAGACUUAUUUGUCUAUGAUCAUAUGUGAAAUAUGUGCUGAACUUCUGUGGCGGAGUCUUGUGACUUUGGAAUGGUCUGUAGUUUGAGAAUGGCUCCUAUUGGCUUUGUGCACACCAGUUAACAUCUGUUGAAAAGGUUUAAUUUGUUUGUGAUUGGCCGAGGCAUUGCCAGGUACAGAGCUGUUCUGCAGGAAUGAUCUGGUAGCAGGUUUUUGGUUCUUGGUGCUCUCUGUCUGAAACAGUCAAAUCAUUUCAGUGGUCUGCAUUCAAGCUGAAUAAAAGCAUAUUUUCCUUGUGAA